AUGAUGCCGCCUGUAAAAACGUCGUAUCGGGAUCGGACACAAGAGUUUUUGAGUGUAUCAGAGAGGCUAAAAAAAUCGUUCUCAUCGGCGAACAAUGUGGCAUCGUCCAGUAGUGGUACCAGCACGAAACCAGAUGCCACGCGAUCUGCUGUCGCGAUUCAAUCCGAAUUUAAUAAAAGAGCAUCCAAGAUCGGGUAUGGGAUCCACCAGACAUCGCAGAAGCUAGCAAAGCUCGCAAAAUUGGCGAAAAGGACAUCGGUGUUUGAUGAUCCAACUCUGGAGAUCCAAGAGUUGACAGCAGUUAUAAAACAAGAUAUUACUGCACUUAAUUCAGCUGUACUAGACCUGCAACUCCUUUGCAACUCCCAGAAUGAAAGUGGAAACAUCUCCAGUGAUACUACAACUCAUUCAACCACAGUUGUAGAUAACCUAAAGAAUCGCUUGAUGACUGCUACAAAGGAGUUUAAAGAAGUCCUCACAAUGCGGACAGAGAAUCUAAAGGUUCAUGAGAACCGGAGGCAGCUGUUUUCUUCCACUGCUUCAAAAGACUCUUCAAACCCCUUUGUUCGUCAGCGUCCACUCGCUUCCAGGGCAGCUGCUAAUGCAUCACAGGCUCCUCCCCCUCCAUGGGCCAAUGGUUCUGUACCCUCAUCCCAGUUGUUUCCCAGCAAACAAACAGAUGUGGAGUCCCAGCCGCUUUUGCAACAGCAGCAUCAACAGCAACAGCAAAUUGUUCCACUACAAGACAGUUACAUGCAGAGCAGAGCUGAAGCACUUCAUAAUGUGGAGUCCACAAUCCAUGAGCUGAGCAACAUCUUUACUCAACUAGCAACAAUGGUUUCACAACAAGGAGAGCUUGCGAUCAGGAUUGACGAGAACAUGGAUGAGACACUGUCAAAUGUAGAAGGGGCGCAGGGCCAACUGGUCAGGUAUCUUAACAGUAUUUCUUCCAACCGAUGGCUGAUGAUGAAAAUAUUCCUUGUACUUAUUGUAUUCCUCAUGUUUUUCGUGUUUUUUGUGGCAUAA